AUGGCACCUUCCCUCAACACAAUCCCUACAACCAACAGAGAGACCGCGGCUCUGUCCGGCAAGCUUGCCAUGUCGAGCAUGGCUGGCCUCAAGCUGAGCGGUCUGCCAGACCUCUCCGACUCCGCCGGCACGUUGAGCGACAUCUUUGGCACCCCACAGAUGCGCGCGAUCUGGUCCGACCAGAACCGCGUGGCCUGCUACCUCGAGAUCGAAGCAAGCCUCGCCAUCGUUCAGGCCGAUCUAGGUAUCAUCCCAAAGCACGCAGCCCAGGAAAUUGUCAAACACUGCCGCGUAGAGGAGAUCGACUGGGCUCUGUACAAGCAAAAGACCGAGCUCAUCGGCUACCCCGUUCUUGGCAUCGUGCAGCAGCUCGUGGCAAACUGCAAGGAUGGCCUGGGCGAGUACUGUCACUGGGGUGCGACCACCCAGGACAUUACUGAUACGGCCACCGUUAUGCAGGUACGCCAGUCCCUCACUUUGAUCAAGGCUAGGCUGGCUAGCAUCGUGGCUAGCCUUGAGAAGCUGGCCGAAGAGCACCGAGAGCUUCCCAUGGCAGCGCGCUCCAAUCUGAAGCAGGCUGUGCCAAUCACUUUCGGCUUCAAGAUGGCGCGCUUCUUGGCAACCUUUCGCCGCCAUCAGCAACGCUUGGCUGAGCUGGAGAAGCGCGUGUACACGUUGGAGUUUGGUGGCGCCGCCGGUAACCUGUCUUCGUUGGGCGACGCCGGCAUUGUCACACACGAUGCGCUCGCAAAGAAGCUCGACCUAGCACCGGCUGAGAUUGCCUGGCACACGGAACAUGAUCGCUUUGCCGAGGUGGGUACCUUCCUGGGCCUCUUGACGGGCACGCUCGCCAAACUCGCCACCGACAUCAAGCUAAUGUCGCAGACCGAGGUCGGCGAGGUCGGCGAGCCAUUCAUCUCCAACCGAGGCUCAUCAUCCACUAUGCCGCAAAAGAACAACCCGAUCUCGUGCGUCUACAUUCACGCUUGCGCUGCCAAUGUGCGUCAGGGAGCAGCGGCACUGCUUGAUUCCAUGCAGUCCGACCACGAACGCGGCACCGGGCCGUGGGAGAUCAUCUGGAUUCAGCUCCCGCUCAUGAUGAACUGGACCUCGGCUGCUCUCAGCAACGCCGACUUUGUCCUGCGUGGGCUGCAGGUCUUCCCAGAUGCAAUGGCACGUAACCUGGCCCUGUCCAAGGGCUUGAUUGUUUCGGAGGCAGUCAUGAUGGGACUUGGCAACACCCUUGGACGCCAGUACGCACACGAUGCGGUUUAUGAAUGCUGUAGGACCGCCUUGGUGCAGGACAGACCGCUGGUCGACGUCCUCCUCGAGAACGAGGAAAUCGCUAGCAAACUAGAUCGCGCCGAACUCGAGAAACUUUGCGACCCGGCCAACUAUCUCGGCCAGUGCUCCCAGUGGAUAGACCGCGUCCUUUCUUCACCUUCAGUUCCAGUUUAA